CCGUUGGUUCACCCUCCAAUGGCCGCCGCGGCCAGCGCGCUGCGCUGAUCCGAUGGCAGGAGCCAGGAGCCAGGUGCUUUUCCUGGUCUCCCAUGGGGUGCAGGGCCCAAGCACCUGGGCCAUCCUCCACUGCACUCCCUGGCCACAGCAGAGAGCUGGCCUGGAAGAGGGGCAACCGGGACAGAAUCCGGCGCCCCGACUGGGACUAGAACCCAGUGUGCCAGCGCUGCUAGGCGGAGGAUUAGCCUAGUGAGCCGCGGCGCCGGCCGAAGAUAGGAAUUUAGAAGGCAAAUUUCUGGUGGUUUUAUAAAGCCAUCUGAUGACAUGAGAUACACUGUUUUUGGUUUGUUUGCUUUUCAGACAUGCAUGUGUUUCUUCCCUGACAUUAUAAGAUGAGCCCAAUGUCUGCUUACAUUGCUGUUUGUAAAUGCAUUCUUUAUCAAGCUGGCAUUGGAAUCUCAACCAACACGUUCCUCUUCCUCUCUCACAUCUCCACAAUCCUGCUGGAUAGGCGGCCUAAGCCCACUGACCUGGCCAGCUGCCACCUGGCCUUUGUCCACAUUGCUUUGCUCACUACUAUGCUGUUUUUGCACUCUCCAGACCUGUUUGAGUCAUUGAAUGUAUGGACUGACUUCAAGUGUAAGGCUUUGUUCAAUGUAAACAGGGUGAUGAGGGUCCUCUCCAUCUGCACCACCUGCCUCAUGAGCAUCACCCAGGCCAUCACCAUCAGUCCUGGCACCUCCUGGUUGGCAGAAUUUAAAUAUAAAUGCACACAUUCCUUCUUCUACUUAUUCUUCUUCAUAUUGUUAAUCUGUUUGUCUUUCAGUACUAGCACACUCUUCCACACAGUGGCAUCUUCCAAUGGGACCCAGACCAAUCUGAUGGCUAUCACUAAAUACUGCUCAUUUUCCCCCAUAAAGCAUGGCAUCAUGAGCUUGAUGUUCACACUGACCACAUCCAGCGACGUCUUCCUGGUGGGAGUCAUGCUGCUCUCAAGUGCAUACAUGGUGAUCCUCUUACUCAGGCAUCAGAGGAGGUCCCAGCACCUUCACAGCACCAGCCUCUCCCCAAGAUCCUCCCCAAAGAAAAGGGCCACCCAGACCAUCCUGCUGCUGGUGACUUUCUUUGUGGUCAUGUACUGGGUGGACUUCAUCAUCUCAUCCUCCUCCCUGAUACUGUGGACAUACGACUCAGUUAAAGUUAUCUUGGGUGUCCAGAGUGUUGUGGUCCAUGUCUAUGCCACGGUUAGUCCAUUGGUGCUUAUCAGUUCUGAUAAGAGGAUACUCAAUGUUUUGCACAAUAUACCUUAGAAAAGCUUUUUGUUUUAACAAGUUGACAAAAUGUUUGUCUUUCAUUGGGCAUGCUGUUUAGCAUUUAAGGUACCACUUGGGAUGCCCACGUCUCAUACUGGAGUGCCCAGGUUCAAAUUCUGCCUCUGUUUUGAUCCAGCUUUUUGUUAGUGCACACUCUGAGUGGCAACACAUGCUUGCUCAAGUACUUGGGAUCCUGUCACCCACAUGAGAGUGAUAUCUGGAGAUCUAGGAUCUUGGUGUUGGCCUAGCCUAACCCUGGCUGUGCACAUCAGCAAUGAACAGCAAACUUAUGAUUAUAUGUAUAUUUAUCAUCUAUCUAUCUAUCAUCUAUCUAUUCAUCAUCUCUCUUCUCUCCGACACUAAGUAAAAAUAAAUAAUUUUAAGAAUGACUGUCUUGCAAUACCUGUAUCUGAGAACAUACAAAUUAUUCUGCUACAUCAGGUUCCUAUCUGAUUAAUUCAGUUGCAUGGAAUUAUACUUUUCUUAUUUCUAAAUGCUUUGGUUCAUAUUUUGUCCAGAAUUUACAUUUCUUUAAAUCAACAUCUAGCAUGAUUUAAGAUUUCCUACAUUUACAAGCUUCUUGUUUUUUUCAUUCUGAUUUCAGAAAAUCAUACAGGAAAACUUUUAAGUGAAUGCUUUAGACAUAUCUGAUGGCAAUCAAAUCUUUCAUGACUUAUUUGAAAAAUAUUUUUAUUUUAUUUUUAAUUAAAAAUAGGUAAGUAUUUAAAUGUAACCUGGAUAUCCAUUUUUGUCUACAAUGAUAAUUUUUAGUAUC